AUGUCUGACGUCGAUACUGAGCUGAAGCGCGAGGAAGAUGAGCGCCUUGAUACCGCGGAAGACCCCAACGAAGAGGAAGAGAUCUCAGCAAUGAGGCGUCGCGUACAAGAGAUGGAGGAAGAAGCCCAGAAGCUGCGCCAAAUGCAGGCAGCCAUCGACAACGAGCGACACGAAAUGCGCGAGAGCAAAGAAGACGUCGACGCGCGAAGUGUCUUUGUCGGCAAUGUCGACUACGGCGCCAGCCCUGAAGAGAUUCAGGCACAUUUUCAGUCCAUUGGCAGCAUUAACCGCGUGACCAUACUACUGGACAAGUUCACGGGGCAUCCUAAAGGGUAUGCGUAUGUGGAGUUCACAGAACCGCAUCUAGUCAAUGAGGCCCUAGUUCUCGACGGAAGCGAGUUCCGGAAUCGGAACCUCAAGGUCGUCCCAAAGCGAACGAACCUCCCUGGCAUGACCAGAGGCAGAGGCGGUGGUCGAGGUGCCCCCCGAGGUGGCUACGGUGGCCGCGGCUCGCCCUACGGACGCGGUGGAUUCGGUGGUGGUGGCUACGGCGCUCCACGAGGAGGUGGCUACCGUGGCGGAUACCGCGGCGGAAGAGGAGGCUCGGCAUACCGCCCGUACUAGGUCUUCAUCAGACCGGUACAGCGCUCCAUUCGUUUGCCAUUCAGGAUGCUGAAGAUACUAUCAGACUUCGGUCUUGAACUACGAGCUCUGUUUUCAACAGUAGGAUGAACAAAGGGCACAAAAUUGGACAGGGAGUCGUGGGAAGCUUUCUUAAGACGAGAAGCUUGUACUAUAUCAAAAUGCGGGGGCCACGCUGCUUGGGCGUGGCAACAUGGACUGCCAAAUCUUUCCUUACCUGGAUUACAUCAAGGAUCAUCAGGUUCACUUUAAUAUAUUUGAUACCACUA